AUGGGAGACGAAUGUUCAAACCCAGAUCUCCUCGCUGAGCCUGGAAGCUCGCCACCGUGGGAUCACGGGAACCAGAGGCAAGAGGCUGCUAAUGAGUCCAGCACCCCGCGUUCCUCGGCACACCUGGGGCCAGAGACUGCACAGCCAACUAAACGGAGUAAACGCAACAGGUGGAGGAGGUAGAGUUGUCAGGGGCCAAGCCGGGAGCGAUCUGGCCAGUUCUUGGGGAGCGCGGACCUGGGACUGCAGAGAGGCGUUUUGAAGAGUGCUGCGCGCACCUGCCUCUCGGAGAUAUCCAACUCCACUCGGGCGUCUCCUGAGAGCGCACAGUCCACAGACCCCGGGAGGGCUGCCCACCCUAGGACACGUCCUCUCCCGACCACUCACUCUUUCAAAAUUGGGGAAGAGGCGGAGGAGAAGAAAAAGAAGAAAGAGAGAGAGAGAAGAAAAGAGAGGAAGAAGGAAAGAAAUUUUAAAAAAUAA